GGUGGAAGUAAGCGUUGCGAUAAAGUCGAUUGUAGGCGGCGAGACUAACAAUAUUUACUGCCUAACGGGGGCAGUUUUCUGUUCCCGCCCGCCUUCCCCCCAACUCCAGCUUCCCCGAUCGCCACAACACAGAACACAUUCAACCAACCCUCUUCUCACUUCUGUCAUCGGCCACUUUCUUGAUCAUCAGUGAUCGCGCUCUUACAAGAAAGAUACCACAAUGAACCGCUUAUUCGGUAGCAAGAACACGGCUCCCAAGCCAACACUAGACGGGGCCAUCAGCAAUGUAGAAAACCGCAUCUCUAGCAUUGACGUCAAGCUAGCAGCCCUGAACUCGGAACUCUCGACCUACCAGGCCAAAAUCGCCAAGAUGCGCGACGGGCCCGGCAAGACCGCCCUGCGCCAAAAGGCCCUGAAGGUGCUACAGCGGCGGAAACAGUACGAGGCCCAGCGUGAUCAGCUGUCGCAGCAGUCGUGGAACAUGGAGCAGGCGGGCAUGAUGCAGGAUAACCUGAAGAAUGUGAUGACGACGGUGGAUGCUAUGAAGACGACCACCAAGACUCUGAAGAAGCAGUACGGGCAGAUUGAUAUCGACAAGAUUGAGCGCAUGCAGGACGAAAUGGCCGAUCUGAUGGACAUUGGGAAUGAGAUCCAGGAGAGCAUAUCGCGCGCCUACGAUGUGCCGGAGGAUGUCGACGAGGCGGAGCUCGACGCCGAACUGGAGGCCCUGGGCGAGGAGACCAUGAUGGAAGGCGCCAUGGCGGACAGUGCCAUGCCCAGUUUUCUCCAGGACGAGGUCGCGCCCCCGCAAUUCAUUGAUGAGCCGCCGGAGCAGAGCAAGAUUAAGGAGCCUGCGGGCGGGCUUAGCUGAAAAAUCGCGUGGAUGGCGUGCAACUGGGUUCUGUGUGUCUAGCUAUUUUGGAAUUUUGAAGCAUUCGGAGUUGGGUCAUGUUAAUUCCCCUUCAAGUUUUCACGGAAAGCAAAUUCAUCUAGUCUUCGUCUCCAACAUAAUACUAUAUACGAAAAUGUGACCAGCGAGC